UCAGCUGUGACACCGCCGGCUCUGGUUAAAACUCGUGACAGUCCUUGAUCCUGCGCCAUCAUUCCUGCUCCUGAGGACUCAGCCUCAUGGCUCUGGCAAAGGUGCCUGGGACCUGCCUGCUCACAGUUCGUGUGCUGCAGGCGCAUGGCCUUCCCUCCAAGGACCUAGUGACCCCCUCCGACUGCUAUGUCACUCUGUGGCUGCCCACGGCCUCCAGCAACAGGCUGCAGACACGCACGGUCAAGAACAGCAGAAGCCCCAUCUGGAACCAGAGCUUUCGCUUCCGAAUCCACAGCCAGCUCAAGAACAUCGUGGAACUGAAAGUCUUUGACCAGGACCUGUUGACCAAAGAUGACCCCUUGUUGUCAGUGCUGUUUGACGCGGGGAUGCUGCGGGUUGGGGAGCUGCGGCGGGAGAGCUUCUCACUGAGCCCUCAGGGUGAGGAGCGGCUAGAAGUGGAGUUUCGGCUGCAGAGUCUGACAGACCGAGCGGAGCAGCUCGCCAGCAAUGGCAUCCUGGUGGCCCGGGAACUCUCCUGCUUGCACGUUCACCUGGAGGAGCCAGGGGACCAGAAGGAGUCAGAGUGCAGAGUUGAGCUCGUGGUUCCCGGGUCCUUCGAGGGUGCACAGGAGGCCUCUGUGGGCACCAGCACCUUCUGCUUCCAUUGCCCAGCCUUCUGGGAGCAAGAGCUGGAUAUCCAUCUGCAGGAUGCCCCCCAGGAACAACUGAAGGUGCCACUGCAGGCCCUGCCCUCUGGCCAGGUGGUACGGCUCGUCUUCCCCACAUCCCAGGAGCCUCUGAUGAGGGUGGAGCUGAAAAAAGAGGAAAGACCACAGGCACUGGCCGUGCGGCUGGGUUGCGGGCCGUGUGCUGAGGAGCAGGCCUUCCUGAGCAGGAGGAAGCAGGUGGUAGCCGCGGCCCUGAAGCAGGCCCUGCAGCUGGACAGAGACCUGCAUGAGGACGAGAUCCCAGUGGUAGCUGUUACGGCCACUGGUGGUGGGUUCCGGGCAAUGACUUCCCUGUACGGGCAUCUGGCCGGCCUGAAGGAGCUGGGCCUCUUGGAUUGCAUCUCCUACAUCACAGGGACCUCGGGCUCCACCUGGGCCUUGGCCAACCUCUACGAGGACCCAGAGUGGUCCCAGAAGGACCUGGCAGGGCCCACUGAGUUGCUGAAGACCCAGGUGACCAAGAGCAAGCUGGGGGUGCUGGCCCCGAGCCAGCUUCGGCAGUACCAGCAGGAGCUGGCCGAACGUGCCCGGCUGGGCCACCCUUCCUGCUUCACCAGCCUGUGGGCCCUCAUCAAUGAGGCGCUGCUGCACGAUGAGCCGCAUGACUACAAACUCUCCGAUCAGCGGGAGGCCCUGAGUCGUGGCCAGAACCCUCUGCCCAUCUACUGUGCCCUCAACACCAAGAGGCAGAGCCUGACCACCUUUGAAUUUGGGGAGUGGGUCGAGUUCUCCCCCUACGAGGUUGGCUUCCCCAAGUACGGGGCCUUCAUCCCCUCUGAGCUCUUUGGCUCUGAGUUCUUCAUGGGGCGGCUGAUGAAGAGGCUCCCUGAGUCCCGCAUCUGCUUUUUGGAAGGUAUCUGGAGCAACCUGUAUGCAGCCAGCCUUCAGGACAGCUUAUACUGGGCCUCAGAGCCCAGCCAGUUCUGGGACCGCUGGGCGAAGAAUCGGACCAGCCUGGACAAGGAACGGGUCCCCCUUCUGAAGGUAGAAGAGCCACCCACAACAGCCGGCAGGAUAGCUGACUUUUUCACUGACCUUCUCACGAAGCGCCCACUUGCCCAGGCCACCCACAAUUUCCUGCAUGGCCUCCAUUUCCACAAUGACUAUUUCCAGCAUCCUCACUUCUCCACCUGGAAAGCCACCAAACUGGAUGGGCUCCCCAACCAGCUGACACCUGCGGAGCCCCACCUUUGCCUGCUGGAUGUCGGCUACUUUGUCAACACCAGCUGCCCGCCCCUCCUGCACCCUACUCGGGACGUGGACCUCAUCCUGUCGCUGGACUACAACCUCCAUGGAGCCUUUCAGCAGCUGCAGCUCCUGGGCCAGUUCUGCCAGGAGCAGGGGAUCCCCUUCCCGCCCAUCUCACCCAGCCCAGAAGAGCAGCAGCAGCCGGGGGAGUGCCACACCUUCUCCGACCCCGCCCGCCCCGAGGCCCCUGUGGUGCUGCACUUCCCGCUGGUCAACGACUCCUUCCGGGAACACUCGGCCCCUGGGGUCCGGCGGACACCUGAGGAGGUGGCAGCUGGGGAGGUGAACCUGUCUUCGUCCGACUCCCCCUAUCACUACACGAAGGUGACCUACAGCCAGGAGGACAUGGACAAGCUGUUGUGCCUGACGCAUUACAACAUCUGCAACAACCGGGAGCGGCUGCUAGAGGCCCUGCGCCAGGCUGUGCAGCGGAGGCAGCGGCGCAGGCGCGAGUGACCGCGUAGGGGAGGCCUCCUGGCCCCCACCACCCUUGCCUCUUUCAGGCUCAUUCCCCACCAUCUCCAAGUGUCCCAGAGCCUCUGGGGGCCUAAGGUGGCCCAGUCACAGCACCACCGAGUGUGUGCCCAGAACUGUGGCGCUGAGGGUAGCAGUGGGAAUGAGGAGGCUGGAGCCCAGGGCAGGACUGACCUCGUUUAUACAAGCACUCAGUGGCCUGUGACUGCCUUGCCUUCUGUGCCACUUUGAACAGUGUACACGACAGAGACUCAUCAACUGGGAGGCACCGAGAACAUCUGUCAUUAUUGCAGAGAAGGGGCCAUGUCAUUCUAGGCUCUCGGUUGUACAAUGCAAGGGCUGGUUUAAAAAAAACAAAACGACAGAACGCCUCCCCAGGUACCUUACAGAGCUAGCUCAUCAGGGUGGGCUUCCCCCAGCAGCAGGGCAUCUGCUCACGGACACCCCUUCCCAGCAGGGAAGAGGCCAGGUUGGCUUGGGGGAGGGGUCUCUGCUGCUGUAGACCUGGCCUUGCCUACCUGUCCUCUUCACCCAGGCAGGGACGUCAUGGUGAGGCCAGGGAUUCAGUCAGAAGGCCUCUUCCUGCCACAUGGUAGGUGUACCCAGACUUGGGACCAGAUGUGCCCAAGACAGAGACCAGUGGCAACGGUGUAGCUUUAGCAGGCUGUGACUUUGUGGGGCCGGGCCUGGCUUUUGGCAGAGCCUGGAUCUGAGCAUGAAGGAGAAAGACGCCCUUGUGCCUCUAGCUGAGUCUCAUUCUGGUUCCCUAGAAGUGUCCUCACUUGUAUCUGCCUUGAGGUUCUCGUCCUGGCCCAGACCUGUUGGGAAAACAGGAAAGCAGAACACAUUCAGGGGCUGGCCACCCCAGAAUCUUCUCCAAACACUGGUGCCCCAGCCCUUUGGCCUCCCCUGGAACCACUCACCUUCUAGAAUAAAUGUGAGAAACAGGCGAA